CAGCAUUUCCAUUUUAUUUCGUGUAGGAGUACUCAUUUAUUUUAUCAGAAAGCCCCCCCAACCAUACCAUAUUUUGUUUGUUUCCUUCCCUUGAGUUGAAUAGAAGCGACCGCAGCAUCGCUGCUUGUAGUUGACUCGUCUAAUAGUAAUAAAUGCUCUUGUUUUUUUCAUACAUGAAGACUCACACGAUCAUUCGGCUCCUACUUCCACCUGACCAGGUUGUGAUGUCAUACUUGGCAACAUAUUAAGAAAACCCGACCUUGGCAACAUAUUAAGAGUGUCGUCGUCCUCUGUGUCAUCUGGCAACAUGUUCUUGCCCGGUUUUUCGACGGACGAUGAGCAGUGGGCGGCAGCCGCAGCUGCGCAACAGGACCCUCGACUUCUUGAGUCCUCCGGAUCAGAUUCAGACUGGGACCCCGGGCUGCGAAGUGUGAGUGGUGUGUUGGAUGUGUACGCGAAGAUUGCGGAUUUCGGGGUGGCAAUCCUGGAUGUCCUGGUCCUCCAGCACAUUCCGAAAGACCACCCGAAGCUAGCCCCCAUCGACGACGAGGAUGACAGUUCGGAGGACUCGUUCUCCACCUCUUCGUCGAUGUUGGAGCGCCGAGCGUCCUUCGAGUUGGACUCUCCGCCCGAAGACGUGUACGAAGAGGAGGAUGCUGACGAGCUGCAGAACUUUUAUCAGGACGCCGAGGCCCAACAAGAACAGCUAAAGCAAGUGCAGCAAGGUGGAGCUCUUGUUUUGCCACUCCCGAGCCCCUCAGCGCUACAGGACCAGGAAGUACUUCUAAUGAACAAAGGUGGAAAUAACUAUUGCGAGGUGAACGACGGUGUUAAGAAGUCGGUGCAGCAUUCGCGCGACCGUGACGGAUUGGAGGAGGAGGCGGUUAAAAAUGGGCAAGAAAGCAUUUUUUCCAAAAAAUCAUCGCCGCGGGAAAGCCAGGCCGAGGCCGAGAACAAUUCUGCUGUGCAGGAACUAGCGGACGUCGAGUCAGUCUCAGCCCUGCAAGAAGCGUCAUUCCUCGUAGAAGAUGAAGAGGGAGAAACCACUCCCCACAAUGGCGUGGCAACCAGUAGUCUGGCCGCAAACGUGGAUGAGACGGAAGAGUUGAGUCCCGUAACCAUCCGACAGUCUGUUCUUCAACAAGAAGAAGUCCUCGGAGAAGCUGAGCUGCAAGCAUCUGCUCCUCGCGAGUCGCUGGAAAGAAACAACGAGAUGAAGCCGAGUGAUGAAAACGAUGCCAGUCGCAACCAGAUGCUGGCGGAAGAAGGAGCGCGGAAAAGCCGCGUUUUGACCGCAGGGGCGGUGUUUGCCCGGACGCUGCUUGAGAAGCGCGCCCGGUCGCGCUCCGCGGGAGGCUUCAGCCCGAAGUAUGGAUACAUGACUUCUUACCCCCAUGGGACGGAUGAGCAUCAUCAAUUGCGUGAAUACAACUUCACUCUGAACGACACUGCACCGUCUGCGAUUAUAACACACCAAGCUGGUGGGAGAAGCCACCGGUCGCGUGCAGAUUCGAACUCACAGGUACUCCGAACAAAAGGCAGAAGCUUGUCGCUCGAUUUGUAUAAUGCGGCGGGGCCCUCGUCGAGAACGAAGGUAACCUGCAGGAGAGGGAAUAAGGGAGCGGCACGCUCGAGUAUGAUUGCAGAUAAUCAUGCUGGCAGCAAAACGACGAGCAACCACCAGCUGUCCAAAACUGAGAAGAGCAACCGGAGUUCGCCUCAACAGCCACCGGUCUUAGUACGGGAGAACCGAAAUAGUCCGGCCGUAGGACAAAAAUCCUCGUCUACUUCUCCGCUCCGAACCAAGAAGCCGCACGCGAAGAAGUCGUGGUGCCCUUAUCUCCUGUGCUGCUGCUGUCCGUCCGUGAUUUCGAGAGUGUGUGACUCGGUGGCGGCGGGCAUCGGUAACCGGGUCGCUGCGAUGCGAGGAGCCGUGCUCGGCGGCGUCUGUGACUUCUUUCUGCCGUUGCGGCACCGCCCCCUGCGGGACCGAGCGCCGAUAUUCGUGUGCAGCAGCUUGUUGGGAAUCAUCCAGACUGCAGCCCAGAUCGGACUUCUGGGUCCCAUCGGAUUACCCUUCCAGACUGUCUACACGCUGACCUGCAUCAGCUACUACCAAGGUACAGUGAUACAUAAACAGAUUAUACCACUUUCAUCAAACUGAAUUUCUUGCUCGAUUUCUUCUUUUUUUGAUGUUUGUCGUCUGAUGUCAAGUACAACUACCUUGGCGAUGUGUCGUGAGUCCUUAGAUAGAUUCCUGCCUUUCAAGAACUCCCAGCUCUGUAAUGUCAAAAGGAAAAGCGCAGUGAUAGAUAUAAACAUCAAAAACUCAACCACAGCCGUCGUAACGCCGCCUGGUUUCAUUCCGGAGAGUUGGUGGAUCGUGGGUCCCGGGGUGACGUUUGAGCGCAAGCGGAAGAAUGGGGACUACCGCUACUGCACGAUGGAGCGCGUUUACAAGCCGGACCGAGCGCACUACUGUCGGACGCAGCAGCGCAACGUGUUGCGCAUGGACCACUACUGUGGUUUCCUGAACAACACCAUCGGUAUCCGCAACCACAAGCUGUUCAUGCUGUUCCUGACCUAUGCCAGCUCCCUGUCCGCGUGGACGGCCUAUCAACUGCUCACCCGGGGCCCGGGGUUGCUGGCCCUCGCCACGACUGGCGCUGCUGGAGCAACAACGAGCGCCGUUGUAAUUUCGCCGGGGGGACUCCUAUUCCACGUCGGGACCACAGGUAUCGCGACCAUGGUGUCGUUUGGAGCGCUACCCUUCUGCGUGUUCACGAUGUGUCUGGCGGUCCGAAAUCAGACCACCAUCGAGUUCGUGGAAGGCAGUCGCGUCCUCACUCGUCGCCUCGCGGUGUGGGAGGCCCCGCUCGAGGUUAUCGCGCAAAGUAGCAAAAGUCCAUUUGGUGCGGGUAGUAUCGUCCAGAAAGAGUUUCUGCGGACCCAGCAAGUGCAGUUGAAUACACCCGCCUCGAGCGCGCUGGCACUGGCUGCGACGCCUGCGUCGGCGGUAUUGGUCCCGCCGAUGCUGGUGAACAAGGGCGACGAAGCGGCCCAGUUCAGCGACUUUCUCACGCCGAAGCAGAAAAUCAACGGAACUUCUGCUGCGUCGGAACUACGACCAGACAAUUGCAGUAACAGCCGCGUGGAGGUCGAAGAAGAGGACAGUUUGAUGAACACAAGCCGCACCGUCUUUGAAGACAGCACCCCAGCAGUUACUAGCCAGUCGCUGUUAGACUUAGACAACACUACGGCACCUCUGCUGGCAGAUAUUACGUCAAUUUCCCAGCAGCCGUGGGGCGGUUCGCCGGGCGCUAGCGGAGUAGAGAAGCAAGCUGCAGCUUCCAACAUGUUGGCCAAGAGUAGCAUGCCUUCUACCCAGGACGUGGUCGUGUUAACCGAGCCGACCGCGCCCGCUCCUUAUAUGGAUUGUAAAAAUGUCUGGGUCUGGAAGGUUGCACCUUGUGAUGCUAUGUUUCGACUCUAAAAAGAUUUGUAUUGCAUGACCAGCAAGAGGAGUCCAGUUUUUGCUACGUCGGGAGGGCAUUUGUCAUGCGGAAUAGGCAUCAGGAGGCCUUCUAAAAAUCUGUGAUGCUAGGUCCCGCAUUCCAGACCUCAUGGGUCAUGGGAAACCUGCAUGACAAACAUGCACUUUUCCAGACCCAGACAUUUUUACAUUUGAUACCUUACGCUGUGCACCCACGUCGCGCCGCACCUGGACGUCAGGCCACGUUUCUCUGCGAUGCCCCCUAUCCUGUGUAAAAACGUACCCACAGCCACACCAGAGUUGUAAUGCAAAUCUGCAUGCUGAAAAUGUUUCUCAUGCGGAGCCCCAUGAGAAGCGUUUUCUAGUCGUGUUUUGCAAUUUGUCAUGCUCCAAUCAGCAUGGUGUGCUAGAUCUGUGAUGCUGCUGAGCUAGCUCAAACAGCACUACACUACGAAUCCAAAUUUGUCAUGCAAAACAGCCAAAACUUGUGGAUUUGUCUAGCCGAUUCCCCAUCUUGACUAUGGUGUGGGUACGUUUUUACUCAGGAUACCCCCUACGGAGGCUUCAGUGCUUUUCACAACCUAAAGCUACUUUUUGGCCCAAGCUACUGGGCGUGGUUGCUGCCUGUGGAACCCUAUAACGGGGACAUUGCGCCCUCUGCAGGAACCUACUUUCCUGUACAUCCGUCGAAGGUGCAAAAACGUAUUCGCGCUGAAUAACGCACGAAGUAUCUGUAGCAGCUACGUGGUUCUCGUUCUCGCCGUUGGUUUUUUAUUCAAACGCAUACCACAGAAACAGAUGAAGAUCGUUGUCAUACAUACGCAUACUAUACAGACAUCAUACCCACAGCCACAGGCACAACUGCACAGAGACAUUAUUCAGGCAUCGUCGCGCUUUUCUGUUGAUCAGGAGAACCUUUUCUCAGCCACUGUCAAUGUUACAACGCCAUUCAUAUUCUUGCCCCACUCUCAGCGAGUAGCAGUAGAGCGACCUGCUGUAAUUUUCAAGUUUCCACUUUCUCUCUCGAGUGGAGCUCUUUAUUCCUACCUUUCAACGUGAACAAAGCUGCCCCAACGCGGAAUGGUGAAUGUCGAUAUGUACGAUGUUGAAAUAAAUGUUGAGUCUGGGAGGUACCACGACGCAGUUUCGAUCGAAGCACGCAAAGCGUGGGGAGCAAUGGAAAUACCAUGCAUUCCACGUCACGUAUUAAUUGUUCAACUGUUGUGCGAUUUUGAUGAAGAUCAGAGCGUUUUCUAAAAGAAAUUUUUCUGUAAUUUACGCGUGCGUGAGCGCGCCGCAGCGGGUGUAUUCAUAUCUUCUUUCUUCCGAACACACGAUCACGAAGAUGUUGCUGGUGGGCGUCAUCAACAAGUGCAACUCAAGAUCUAGCAGGCGACAAAAAA